AUGUUCAGUCAUUUUGUAUGGAAAAAAAAUACUGAUGUUUUGCUACCAGCAAAAGGAUUAAUAGAAAUUCCGGUGAUUUUUAACCAUUAUAUUACUGAAAUUCCUGUCUUAGAAAAAUAUCUUGUCAUAUUUGAUCAAAGUUCUUUUGAAAUACCAAAUGAUAGUUUAACUGUGAUAGGACAAGUCAAAGAGCAAAAUUUAUCAGUUGAACCUAGUAUGCUAAAUUUAGGCAUAAGUUACUUAGAAAGUUAUUGUCCACGGGGUAGUUUCAAAUUGCACAACACAGGAAGAAUAGUGGUACAAUAUAAAUUAGAAGUGCCUCAACAACUGGAAAAAUACUUGGAACUAAACCCUCUUAAAGGUUAUCUCAAAGCUGAAUCGUCUCUUGAAGUUCAUGUGCAAUUAAAUCUAAAGUACGAUAUUAUUCAUUCUUUGAAAAUUGAAAAGUAUUUUGAUGUUCAGAGUGGUUUUUUGGAUUUUCCUAUUCGAAUUUAUUUGGCGCAACGAUCAAAACACGUUUGUGAAGUACAUGUUUCUACUGUAGUUAGUACUUCAUUUGGUUUAAAACUAUCUCCAGAUUUCUUGAACUUUGGUACAGUCAGUACAUCAGAAACAGUUGUUCGUGUAGUUAUUUUGUCGAACCAUUCACAAAACACCCUUAAAUAUGGAUUUAUAAAUUUACCUGAGAUGGCGAUAAAAAGUAAUAAAAACUUCCUAAAUUGUGUUACUAAAUUUAUAGCAAACAAAAUGUUCUUUGCUUGGUUGCCAAAUAACAUUCGAAUCAUUCCUGUUGUGUGUUUUGUACAACUAUGCGGUCACAAAGUAGCUGAAUAUUUUGGAUUUGAAAAAGGAUCGUUGAAAUUGAGUCUUAUUUGUCCUAUAUCGAAACCAAAUUUUAUUGUUUUUAACAACAAUAUUGAUUUUGAGCAAUGUGUGAUAGGAGUGCGCCAUAAUGAAUGGAUAUUAAUUCACAAUGUUACUGAUCAUAAUGUACCAUUUAGAAUAUCAAUACCAAAUCCGACUGGACCAUUUUUUUGCGAUUUAGCUUUGAAUAGUAAUAAUUCAAUACAGUCUAAUCAAACAAUUCCAAUUAAUAUUUCCUUCAAUCCAGAACACGAAUUUGCAGUCAAUGAGAAAAUUGAAAUCAUUUCAUCGUUGACGCGUGUGACUGUAAAGUUAAGCGGAAUUGGUGUAAAACCGUCAUGUACAAUAAUACCUGAUAAUCUUAUUUUUGAAACACGUUCUACAAAAAAUCAACAUGACGGAAAAAUAACUUUUCAGGUAAAAAACAUCGGCCCGUCAACUCGGUUCAACGUCCAAAUGGAAUGGACAAAAAUAUGCACAGAAGGACUUGCUAGUCGACUAUCAUUGUUACAGUCUAUCAAAAUAAAUCGUUCACCAGUCGAAGUUGACUUAAUGUCAUGGUUGGGAGGAUCUGAGUGGACUUGGUCAAAUGUUGAUGUUUUUGACUUGGGCAAUGGUGGAAAGCCAUUGUGGUUUUACUUAAAGACUGGUGACGUUGGAGAUGUUAAGGUGUUUCUGAAAUUAGAUGACCAUUUUCAAAAAGCUGAUGAUGAAAAUGAAAUAGAUAAACAUGAUAGUAAGAAUUUAGAUCACUUAAAUUCAGAAAUGAGCACAGCGGUUUAUGCGUCUAAACUCAACGUACAUGUCGGUCAUACAGUACUAAAAGUGUUAUACUUAUUCGGCUUUGUCAAUUUUAUGUAAAUUUUGCUUUGAAAAUUGUUAAAGAAAA